AUGAUUUUGAUCUUCGGAGCUGUUCUUCUCUUGUCAUUAGUUGAUCAAAGCAGUCAGCAGCCACUGCCAUGCAAGGAUGGGAAGUUCUAUGAAAGCAGCGUAUUCGACUAUUUCAACUGCAGCGUUUGUAUUGAGCAACCUCACUACGAGAACUGUGAUACCUGUUGUAAAAGUAAGUUUCAUUUGAUUACUUGAAGGCUUUUCCGUUUUCGCGUCAGUUUCUGUCAAUUUUUUUUGUUUAUACCUAAAAAAUUUGACGUAAAAUCUCCCUUCGAUUCCUGCUAGUCAGCACAUUUCAACGUAUUAUAAACUUGUCCCCUUUAACGAUAAACCUCCAAUGACUAGCCAAGAAAAUUUGGUUGUAAUGAUGCGGUUCUAUCAACGAAACUGCAAAAUAAAAAAUGAGAAAAACUCGGAUUUUUCAUGCGGCUUUCGACGCGCAAAAGUGUGUCGUUUUAGUAAUGUGGUGGGGUCCCAUUCUUUGGUAAGUCUUAAGUCUUUAAGCAAUUUUAUGAUACUUUUGGUGUUGGUUUUGUCAAAUGCUCCUUGUUUCGGCAGAUGUAAGACAUUCAUCUUUUAAAGAAGCCUUUAAACUGAAUCGCAAUGAAUUAUUUUGAAUUCCUUUCAUAGGAGUAAGAGCGAGACUCUGGAAGGAUAAUUGUGAACGCUAAGGGGAAAUUUACCGCUAGUUUUGCCUAGCGUGCACUUUCGAAACAUCAUGAGACUGCUGAUGGGGCAGUCCACCCAUUUUUGACCCUUGGGUAUUGUUUUACCAAAGGAGAUCAUCUCGAUUUAUAGCCCACAGACAAAUAAGUAUCAUAUAACAAUUGCGUCAGCUCAUUCGCGUCGUUCCAACGCAUAAAAUUACUUGGCCAGAUAAAAGCGCCGUGUUAGAAUUUUGUCGGCGAUCUUGACCUUCGUUUCGGGCAUUUCUUAUGCUGUCACGAACAGAAUAUCACAACAAAGACGCCGGAGUAUUUUUUACUCGCUGUAUUUGGUUUUUGGGAUACUCUCAAGUCGCGGAAUCUCACUCACUUGGCGUUAAAUCUCGUGUGCACUGAACAAAUUUGUGCUUUAGAGGUAACAUUAUUGGGAAGUUUUUUGUUUUUGUUUAUUCGCCGGGCUAAUGCUUAUCUCCAAUACUAAUGACAGGGCCAAGAUUUUUGUCUUUUGCGCGCAACACGCUCGAUACUCGAUCGAAAGUUAUCUUCCCUUUUUCGUCAAAACAUGAUUAGUGUUCGGAAAACCGCAAUUUCUGUGCUACUUUUAUCCCGUACAAUCGUUGGAGAAAUAGAAAAGAGCGAAUUCACUCUGUGACGAAUUUUCCAGAUAACGUUUCGGGUACUUUGUUUUCUAACAGAAAUCACGACCACGUCAACAUCAACUGUUACAGCAACGAUUGAGAAAACUAAACUGCAUACGAGUCCCUCAGCAUCUCAAUUCGUCAAGACAGAAAAAAUGCUUUUCUCACCGAUGGAAAUGGUUAUCAUGGGAUUCUCUUUCGGAUUCGUGGCCGGUGCUGUAAUAGCUUGGCUGGUUGUGAUUACAGCUAGAGUCUGCUCCAAAAGGAGGAAGAAACUGGAAAAACUGAUGACUUCAAGUGAGUACAAUGGCUACAUAUAGUCUGGGGUAUGACCUCCAGAAUGAUUUUAUAAGCUAUUUGUCUUGACUGUAGACUUCGACUGGUGGUCGGCAUUAGUGCCACUUACAAUGGAAAGUUAAUGACUCUUACCCGCCAAAAAUUUAUCUGCGCGUACUCCCCGCGCGUACUCCCCGUGAGAGCAUACCGCCAAGCCAACCAAGUAACGUAUAUGCGCAACAAUUCGCGCGCGAGUUUUUCGCGAUGUCCACGAAUGAGGGAGCGAGUGGGUCGAUUUAGGCUCGCAGUCCCCGACAGAGAAACUAAUGAAACACAUGACAGGGAUUUUCUUUUCCGGAAGGAAGAUUUUUUUUAAUCAUGUAUUUGAAUAGAGCCAUGUUUUGAUGGUUCGACUUUGUUUCGCGGAACUAUAAAAAAAAAUGGAGAAUUAAAAUUUAGUCUAACCCAGUGUUCUCCUCAAUCUCUUAGAAUCAAUAAAAGCAACACAGGAAACCCAGCGUAACACGUCAUCACCCAUGGUUUGGGGCCAAAAUGUUGGUAUACCUCCGGCAGCGGAUCCGCAUGACUGUUGAGCGGAAGAUGUCCUCUCCGCGUGCGAUGACGAGGCGAAUAAAAAAUCAGGAGAAGAAACUAAAUUAUAUUAAGCAUAAGCGAGUAUCUUUGUAAAAUGCAAUAACUUUGUUCAGUUUCUUGAAUUUCCACUCCUGGGUGAUUGAUAUCUAAAGGAAGGCUAAGGGUACUGAAAAUAAGUUAUACUAAUCAAGUGAAUCUACAAAACCAAUAGUUCAGUUCAAUUCUUCUUGACCUCACGCUGGCGUUUGUAUCAUAACUGCAAAAAGUUCAUAAAAAAUCGUAGACAUGGAAAAUGGAAACUAAUU